CCUGCUGUCCCGAUUCACCCGGAACGAGUUCAACCUGGAGAGCAAGAGCACCAUAGGGGUGGAGUUCGCCACCCGCAGCAUCCAGGUGGACGGAAAGACGAUAAAGGCGCAGAUCUGGGACACGGCGGGACAGGAGCGCUUACAGAGCCAUCACCUCAGCGUAUUACCGGGGAGCGGUGGGGAGCGCUCCUGGUCUACGACAUCGCCAAGCACCUGACGUACGAGAACGUGGAGCGCUGGCUGAAGGAGCUGAGGGACCACGCCGACAACAACAUCGUCAUCAUGCUGGUGGGCAACAAGAGCGACCUGCGCCACCUCAGGGCCGUGCCCACCGACGAGGCCCGAGCCUUCGCCGAGAAGAACACUCUGUCGUUCAUUGAAACGUCAGCCCUGGACUCCACUAACGUCGAAGAAGCAUUCAAGAACAUUCUCUCAGAAAUCUACCGAAUUGUGUCUCAGAGGCAAAUAUCAGACAGAUCAGCACACGACGACUCUCCGGGCAACAACGUGGUGGACAUCAGCGUCCCCCCCGACCAUGGAUGGGCAGCGGGGCAACAAACUCCCGUGCUGCCAAAGCCUGUGACCCUUAUGUGUGUUUUUUUUUUUUUGUCGGCCUCUUCCGUUCUUUCUGAUUCCCUUUCACUGUCAUGCGGCUCUCAGUGCGUUCUCUUGUUUCCAAAAGGGCUGGGACAUCAAAACUUUUCACUCGACUUGUCACUUUUGCUCUUUUUUUUUUUUCCCCCUCUUGAUCUUCCUUUUGAUUUCUAAGGAAAGCAUCUUAAAUAUUCGCCUGCCUCGGCGUAGCCAGGUGAAGGCGCUUGA